AUGACAGAUUCUUUCAUCCUACACGUUUCUUUCUUUCUUUCUUUCUUUCUUUCUUUUAUCUCUUUCUCUCAUUCAUUCAUCCUACACGUUUACUUCCUUUCUUUCGUUUCUUUCUUUCUUUCAUUUUUCAUAAACAGACGCAUCUAUCCUAAACGUUUACUUUCUUUCUGUCUCUUUCUUUUUCUUUCUUUUUGGAUUAACAGAUUCCUUCAUCCUAGACAUUUUCUCUCUUUCAUCAGUUUUUCUUUUAUCUUUUUCUUCCUUACACGUUUUCUUUCUUUCUAUUUUAUUAACAAAUUCUUUGAUCUUCGACAUUUUAUUUCAUUCUUUCAUCUCUUUCUUUUUUCUUUCAUCCUAUACAGCUUUUCUUUCUUUUUUCUUUCUUUUUGGAUUAGCCGAUUUAUUGACCAUACACGUUUUCUUUCUUUCUAUCGUUCUUUCUUUCUUUUUCGGUUAGCAGUUUCUUUCAUCGCAGUCAUUCAUUCAUCCUUCUCAUUUUUUUCGAAUUCAUUCAUCAUAAACGUUUUCUUUCUUUCUUUCUUUCUUUCAUUCAUUCAUUCAUUCAUUCUUUCUUUCUUUCUUUUGUUUGUUUCUUUUUUUAUUUGCGGAUUCAUUCAUCGACCACGUUUUUUCUUUCUUCAUUCAUUCAUCCUUGACUUCUUUCUUUCUUUCUUUUUUCUUUCUUUCUUUCUUUCUUUCUUUCUUUCUAUUUUGAUUAACAGAUUCAUUCCAAAUUCUUUAAUCCUACACGUUAUCUUUAUUUCAUUUCUUCUUUUUUUUCUUUCUUUGUUUCCAAAUUUCUUCUUCUUCUUCUUCUUCUUCUUCUUCUUCUUCUUCUUCUUCUUCUUCUUCUUCUUCUUCUUCAAGUUUAUUCACUUCUUCGUCUUUUUCUUUGUCUCUCUUUUUCUCUCUGAUUUUUCUUUCUUUCUCGUUUCUUUUUAUCUCUCUUUAAUUCAUUAUGUUCCUUUUUUUUCUUCUACUCCUUCUUCUUCUUUCCAAAUGGCUUCUUUCUUUUCUACAGCUUUCAUCCCUUCAUCUCUGAAGCGAUCCUCUCUCUACUCUCGAUUUCCGAUUUUCCUGUCGAUUUCUACCCUUAAAACCUCCCACCUUACAGUUUCUAAUCUUUCUCUAUUUAAAAUUGUAUCCCCUAUUCCCCCCACAUACACACCUUCUUCCUAUCAUUCUCCUUUGAUUCGUUAUAGUUUUCUGUAUAUUUAUAACAGUGGCGUCAUUGUAGCUCUCUCUCUCUCUCUCUCUCUCUCUCUCUCUCUCUCUUUCCUUUUUGCUCUUUCUCUCACACUUUUUGUGUCUGUUUCUCGGUCUUUCCUUCUCACUCAUUCUCUCUCUUUCUUUCGCUGUUCUUCUCAUUCUUUCCUUCUUGUCUUUUUCUGUCUUUCUCACGCUCUUUCUUUCACUUACUCUUACUCCAUUUCACUCACACUUUCUUUCUUUGUCAUUCUACCGCUCGUACCUAUUCCCUCUUUCUUCUUCUUUCUUUUUCUUGUCUUACUCUCCUCUUUCUUUCUGUCUUUCUUUCCUUUUCUUUCUUUCUUUCUUUCUUUCUUUCUUAUUUUUCCUCUCUUUGCUAUUUCUUUUUGCCUCUUUUUCUCGCUCUCACCUCCUCGUUCUUCCUCUUUCUUUCUGUCAUUCUUUCUUUCUAUCGCUCUUUCCUCUCUAUCCCUCUUUCUACGUUUACCUCUCUCACUCCUCCUUCUUUUCUAUAUCUUUCUUCCACUCCCUAUUUCUCUCUCAGCCAAUGUGUUUUGCAUCAUCCCUCUUGACGUAAUUGUUUCUAUGUGUAUAAUUCCCAAAACAAUACUCCCUGACCCGUCUCACACCGAUCAUUUCUAUCCCCUAAAGCGAUCGGAACGCACUCCAGAAUUUAACCCCUACCCUGAUCUUUACUGCAACAAUCCUUUUCUUCCAAACGCUGAAAAUCCGCUCCAAAGUGCCCUCACGACCAUAACCCACUCCCAUGACACUUGUCAUCCCGUCGUUCUGACCAAAUUUACCGUUUUAUCCGCGGGCUAUUUUAGACAUGAGCGAUGCUCAGAGUCCGAAACCGGCGGAAUAUCUCUACUUUCGCCAUUUCCUUCUUGUUUUCUCUCUGCUCAUCUUCAUAUUUUCUCAUUUCUUUCUUCACCUAUCCUCCUAUUUUCUCGAUUUUUCUCCCCCCCCCCCAGCCGUUGCUCCGGACAAUCGACUCCAAACUCUAAGAUGGCCGACUGCGGCGCGAAAAAGAAAAAAAAAAUGCCCGCCAACGUGCAAUUCCGUUGUCCUCCACCUCCGCCCAAAUUCUUCCUUUCUUCCCUCCAACUAAAAACCCACCCAGACACCAUAGCCACCCUAUUCACCUCCCCCCCCAUCGAUAAUCCCAACAUUUGA